UUGUGGUAGCAUUGGUUUUUUAAAUGAUGAUUUCUAUUAUAGCGCGUGAAAACUUGACGUAAAUGGUUGAAGCAUGCAUAUGGUUGUGCUUCAGGCAAGUGUUUCGUGUAGUCUAGUGCUUUCGUGCCAGAGACAGAGAGAGAGAGAGAGAGAGAGCCGCGCUUUCCUGCAGUAGCCGCUGGAUGGCUACAAUGUUGCUCAGCACAGUGCGAGAUACGGCUUAAAAAUUAGUAGGUUAUGUACAAAAAUAGACCCUCCCUCGGAGUCGUCAUAAUGGUAGAUAUACGAAUAAUGCGAGUAGGCAACCUUAGCAAUACAACUUCAACCGCUACAUUCGCAAGGACGUGUCUUCGACGACUUGCGUAAAUUCACUGACAUGCGACUGGCCAACAUCACAUAUUUAUAUAAGACAUCAACUGCUCUGUGGACUGUUCACGGGUGAGCUCAUGGAAAGGACGGAUUACUUCGAGUGAUUGAGUAGAGCUACACAGGAGACGCAGUUAAAGCACCGCUAACUACGCACGUCGGACCGCUACUCUCUCUCUCUAGCCUACCUCGUGUCUCCUCAAGACUGAUAUUUCUCAGAGGGCUUUAACCGUCUUCACACAGAGUCAAGGACAAGAUAAGAGGAACAUAGGCAGUUCAAAGACAGCACGUGAAGCCAGUGCCCACGAUCACUUGACCGAGUGAAUUUAUUGCCCUCUUGGAUCACACGCUCUGCCGGAGACUGACGGGUUAAGACGUAAAAGGUAACACGGCGACUUCAAAUGGAACGUGCUGUCACUUUUUCAUCUUGAAUAGUUUAAUAUACCUCGUAGUCCUGCAUUCGCGAAUACCGGCCUGACCGAGUUCUGCUUUCCUGCUGGCAAUGCCUUAUUAUCGGGACAAGUUGAUAAAUGAGUCAAGGACAUGUAUUAUGCAUGAAGGACCGUGAAUAAUAGAAAUUACAGUCGCCCCACGUCCAGCGGUCCGGCCGAUUCACGAGCUUGUCCCACGCGACCUACUUUCACCGGGAGAAUUGGUGAUGCGAAUAAAAUAUAUUUUGCUUGCAUUUGACGGUGUACCCUACUCCGGGACUGCAGCUCUACGGUGAGUUACUUGACCGAAUCUGUACACGUAACGUAAAGAUGUCAUCUCAUACCAACGGUUGAAUUUGCUUUAAAGCGGAAGCAUGAAUGACUUGAAAACUUGAAUACAAAAAGGCUGCACGCAAGAUUUUGAAAUAAGACAGGUCACACUUAAGCCAAAAAAAAAAACGGAGAAAUGUGAGCAUAGUCAAAAUAUCAAAAUGGAGAUUAAACAUUAACUGUGCUGUGAGUUGCUCUGACGUAACUUUUUUGGACUGGGUCAAAGAGGCACCUGUAAGGGAACAUAAUUUACAGGAUUCAAGGCUGUUGACCUUUCCAUGCUUGCCACGCUUUUCAUUGAAACCCUUGCCUGAUCUUUUUUAUUUUUGGAGUGAAUCUCAGGGAUUAUUUUUGGAUAUUACCUGCUUUGUGUACCAUGGUUGAUGCUUCAGUGACUGACAUGAAUGCCCUUUGCUGGAUACAAGCCUCAAGACUUCAGUGACAAGGAAAUGCUCUUGUAUUUUGGCAGUAGUGAAAUGUCGAGAGAGACUGGUCAGCAUUGGACAGUCCACAUCAACAAGCUGUUCCUAUGUGCUACUGACAGCUAAAGAAAACAACUACUUUUAUUGAGCUGCAAUAAAGCAAUAAAAUGUUUACCCUGGAAUGAUGACAGUAAGAUUAGAAAAGAGGAACUGUAAAGAGGUACUGCACCCUGAAUUAGUUUCUAUGAAAUAGUCAUAUGUCAACUUGACUUGCAUCAUCCUUAACCGAUUUCACUUUAAGUGAAUUGAAUUGAAUUGAAUUGAAUUGAAUUGAAUUGAACUGAGACAAAUUUAAUUCACCAUGUGGUCCCUGCCGCUCCUGCGUCACACAGACGUGCCUCCGCGCGUCACCGAGAACUUCAUUCUCUCGGGUUACCGUUUCCCCAACUACAGCCUCCGCCAGUGCCUGGCCUCUGCCUUCCGUCCCACCAACGAGACCGGCAACUUUUGGACCCACUUCCUCCCCAUCUUCAUCUUCGCCUUCCACUUCCAGGAGGUGUUCGGCUGGGAGGGUGUGCCCGCCCCCUCUGACCCCUUCUUCUACCCCUACUGGAACUACCUGCUGGGGGUGUGCUGUCUGCUCCUGGCUAGCAGCCUGGCCCACCUGCUUAACUCCAUGUCACUGAUCAUCAGGGAGAUCUGCUUCUUCGUGGACUACGGCACCAUCAGCUCCUACACCGUGGGCUCCUCCCUGGCCUACUACUAUUACAUCCACCCGCGAGCAGGGCUCCCGCCUCUUGGAGGUGGCUUUGGAGCGCAGAAUGAGUCGCGCCCGGGGCUGAAGGGUGAAGUCGAAGAGGAGUCGUCGUCGUCGUUGACAUCUUCUGCUUGGUUUUGGCUGCCGGAGUUCAAGGUGUUCUUUGACUCGUUCUACAUCCCCAGCUCGUGUCUGGUGGCCAUCAUCUGCGUGCUGGCCUGCUGCAACACGCGCCAACGCUGGCGCACCUACCGCUACGCCAUCCGCACCCUCGUCUUCCUCCUGCCCUUCUUCAUCUCCUCCACGCCCAUCUUCUACCGCCUGCUCAGCCCGUGCCCCUACCCCUCCGACUCCUCCUCCUCCGCCGCCGCAGACACCACCGCCCACUACUUCUACCGCCACUGCUUCUGGCUGGUGGUGUCGGCGCUGUUCAACAUCAGCAAAGUGCCGGAGCGCCUGUGCCCGGGCGUCUUCGACAUCUGGGGCCACAGCCAUCAGUGGUUCCACUGCUGCACCUUCCUGUCCAUCCUGGACGAGCUGCACAUGAUCAAGGCCGAGGUCCGGGCGCUCGUCCUCCACCCGACGCUGGUGCUGCCCCCGGCCGUCCCCACCCCGCUGCCGGGCCCGGCGCUCCUCACCACCUACGGGGUGAUGGUGGUGCUGCAGGUCUGCAUCGCCAGCGUCAUCGCCUGGUUCAGCUGGGGUGCCUCCCUCACUUACACUCAAGAGCAGAAACAGCUGAAGCAACACUGAUUGCCGGUGAGAAAGUUCAUUGGUGGACACUUAACACGUGUAGGUCUGCUCUCAGACCUUCUCAACUUCUGUUGUGACAUUGGAUUUGUUUUAUGAACUGUUUUUGUUUUUAUAGAUGAUGUCAUUCUCAUUGCACUAAUGAGGUUUAUACCCUUUACUGAUUCAUAUUUAACUGAUGGAGGCCAGUGAUCUGUUUAUGUUUUCAACCUUGAACUCUGCCCUGCUCUAUGGACGGAAGAAACACUGCUUGAAAUUGAAGUGAAAGUUCACCAUGUUAGUUCUUCCUGUGUAGCUAUUUGCUGUGCUGGGCUCUGAGGGAGUUCCAGAAGUUCCAGUGUGUUCUACAACAAGAUGAAAAUUCCUUCUCCCAUGGGGUUGUAAAGGCACAGAGAACACCAGGGAGUUGUUGCUGAAGGGACACUGUAACCCCAGUUGAUACCACGCUAAUCCCAUGUUUUAGGAUGUUAUUUCUGAAUCACCUCCUACCCUCCUUUCCCUUUGGUGUUUUUGCCUUGGGUUUUUAUCCCAAGUUGUUCCUUAGAACCACUAUACUCGCUUGCUCUCUCUCUCUCUCUCUCUCUCUCUUUCUCUCUCUUUCUCUCAUGUCUCAUUUCCUCUGUUGUUUCCCAUGAGCCAUUAAACAGGAAGUCAAGGAGCCACAAACAGCGUAAAUGGCUGAGGUUUCUGGUCGCCUUGUGCUUUGAUGGAGGAAAUGAUAGGGCGAGGCUCUUGUGUGGUGAUGCACUUAAGGUUCUGGGGCAUUUCGGUCCAUCAUUCAUUUCUCCUUUUAGAUCUGUAAUGUGAUGUUGUACGUACACAUAAAUUAUUGUGCUAUGGAGUACUGUAAUGGAGAAAGUUGUUUUUUGAAAAAAUUUACAUUGAACAUAAUCUAUGCAUGUCUUAUGGUCAUGACUCUGUUGGUGCUUGAAUGAGCAACCGAAACAAGAGAGGUGCCUUUAAGGCCACAAAGGAAGUUUAGGCGAAGUCUGUCUGCCUGCUAGAAAAUGCAACACAAAGAACACAUUUUAGAACAGAAAUGUCUUCUUUUGUGGCCUAUGUUUUGGUGAUGGUUUCUGCUUUUUCCUCAGUAGCAUUCAAGCCAUACCUAGAAUUAGAAAACAUAUCACUGUUACCUUUAUUAUGACCUAGUGUUAUUGUUCUUAUUAUUACUAGGUAAUAUAAGCAAUAGUCCUGACGAAUGCAUCAGGGUUUAUAAUUAUUUUAGCUUGCACUCAUCACACUGGAUGCUUUCAGGAAGUGGUGGUGUCUGACAAAUCCCUUGAGUGUAAUGCUGGCACCAUUAGGUUACCCAGCAGCACCAUGGGAAUGGAACCGAGAGAGCACUUGCCCAUUUCCUUUGAGCAUUUGGCUGUGGAAACUCCUUAGGCCUUUUCUUUGGAAAGGCUACUUUUACAAAGGGGUGAAGACAGAAGUGCCACUGUGAAGCUAAGUUGCUGCUGUUUCCCGGGGUCAGUUCCACUCAAAAACAUUUAAGACUUUCACUCUGCACUUGAAUUUGGGGGGAAUCUCUUGCCGGUCAUCCUGUUGGAAAAGAACCGGCACUGGAAUCCCCCUACAUUUUGAUAUUUGAUAUUUACUAACCAGUUUAGUAAACCCCACGUCCUAACACACAUUUCUGCCUGCAAGUGAGCACUUGAGAAACAUAUGUUUGACGUACAUACAAAGCAGGGAGAAGUGAAGGAGUGAAGAGAAGUGGAAUGCGAACCCAGGUCUUCAUGACUGACUGGGUCUGUGUCACGUUUUGAAUAUAGAACGAGCGGUUUGCCUUAGAGCUUUCAAAUGCCUCUGUCACAAGGCCCUAAAUGAAGGGACUGUGGCCAUGAAAUAACAUCAGUUGUAAGGGGGUUAUUAUUUUUGAAACAUGUUAGAUUGAGAUUUUAAAUUGUAUGUUUCACUUAUUUCCGCAUCAAGUGUUAAGACUAAAUUUGCCUCUGUAGCAAAAUGCUCAUAGCCAACUAGUGCUAAUUUGCUAAUGUGUUGCUUAAGCUUUUACAACUGCUGUUAUGCCAUGUUAAUUAAUUACUGAUUAGAGCCUUAUGACAGUCUUCUGAAAGAGUGCCUAACCCUCCACCUGGGCAUCUACUGAACCUUUCUGAACUGAACACGCACGCACCUUCCCAGGAGGUGGGCCAGGCACUGUUUGGUGUGAAAUGGCAGCCACAGCUCCUCUGUUAGUUUUGCACAGUGGCACAGACCUGCUAGUCUUACUAAAACCAGUUACGGGUUUGUUUUCCGUAUACAAACCACAAUAGACAGUCUGUCUGUUUCAGUGCGAAAGAUUCACGCUCUGAAACCUGUGUGAUGUGUGGAAUUGUUGUUUUUGUAAGUGAUGUGUUAGAUUGUGUCUUUUAGAUUGAGUCUCACCGUGUUGUACAUGAUGUUUGUUAAUCACCACGAUGUGUCCAUUGGAAUUUCACCGCAACAUGUUGCACACGCACCGUCUCAGUUGAGAACCAGUUCAAUGUCACCUAGCUGUCUAUAUUAUUUCAGUGUAACUAACUCAAACCAGCUUUCAGGAUUUGCAAGAAACAAUGCAAGGUUUUUUUGUGAUGCUGCUUCAAGAACCUUCUGGAAGAGCACAUACUCAGAAGUGUAAUCACUUUUGCUGCAUGGAUAAGUCCAUCUUUUUAUUCAUGCUCAAAACAGUGUAGCCCUCCGAACUGCAUGGACGGAUCGAGGUAGCCUCAGUAUACAUAUUAACAAACGAUCUUAGUCGUACUGCAAGUGUAACUGCCGGACUCAAGCGAUUGACAAAUAAUCAGAUGUUUCAGAUGCCAUGACUUUAAUUUAUCUGUAUCCAUGUCCUGCUAUCAGAAGUCAUUUUGGUGGCAAGGAUGAUCGUCCAAGCAGACAGGGCUUUGCAUGUUGCAGCCUAAAGAAAAACAUAUUGUUGAAUUCCUGUAUUCCGUUGAACUGUCUAUGUACUGUAUAGGGCUGGUAUUAAUGAGAGGCUGAUUGUGCCCAUUUUGAUUCUAUUUUUGUUAAUAACAAUUUAUAGACAAAUAAAUAUUGAAAUUAGGUUA